CAAAAAUCAGAUUGCAAAACGGAUCUGAACUAUGAAAGAGCUCGAGGACUACCAACGACCUGCGAAUGUGGCAGACUUUGUGGCGGAGGUGGGUGUGGACCCCGCCCUCGGACUCUCUCGAGACGACGCCAUGACGCGACGCGAGCUCUACGGUGUGAACCGGGUGACCCCGCCUGUGAACUGCCCGUCUUGGGUCUGCUGUUUACUGCCGUGCCUCAUGCGCACAGCCUCCAUGCAAGCAUAUCAAGAGGCGCUACCACGUGAGGCGACGGUGCGUCGUCGAGUUGCUGCAGGGCAGGGUCAGCCGGCCACUCGACGAAUGCGGAUGGACGCCAUGAGUCUUGUGUACGGAGACGUGGUGGAGCUCAAGGCUGGGGAUGUGGCAGGAGCUGAUCUGCGCGUCAUCGAGUGCUCGAACGAUUGCGUAGUGGACCAAACGACGUUGAUGGGCGACGACGGAGAAGACGAGGAAGCCGGACAGGGAGGCACCAGGAAACACGUCACGACCGACACGCCACCGCCGCAUAUUCAGCAGGAUCCUUUGCACUGUGGUAAUAUUAUCCCCAUGACGGUGAGUGUUCUGCAAGGAACGGCUGUGGCUGUGGUGGUGUCCACGGGAGACCACACACUGUGGGGGCGAUUGGUGACGAACCACGAGUGGCCACCAGCUCCUGGAACUGUGCUGAGGAAGAAGGAAAAAGGGAGUGAAGAGGAGCAUACCAGCUUGAUCGUAUAAUGAUAAGUGCAAGGCUUCAGAGAUAUCAACCAUCAGUCUGGAAUGUAGAUUCUGUUCUGCUACCUGUGACACCUUACUGACCGUGGGUGGAACGAGCUGAAGCUGCACAAUGCAUGCAUGUUCUGUUCCUCGUCCAGUGAUCUAUCGUCGUCUUCCACCACCAGCAGCAGGGGCACCACCGGCUCCGCCGGCCGGAGGUGCGCCUCCAUCGCCACCGAACAGGCUCAUGACAACGAUAGGCAAAAUAAUGUACCACUACAGAAAGCAAACACAAAAUGGAUGUGAGUUUCUGAGAUCAGCAGACAAUACUAGCUAGACACAGACUUCUGAUGCACGUACG